UUCCGGGGUGUAAGUGUGCGCGUCUCGCCCGGCUGUGUCCCUCUUUGUCCGGCAGCGACUGUAGGCCGUAAUAGUCAUGGCCAAAUUCGCGUUUGAGGAUAAAUUUUAAUUGUAAGUCUUUCUGACGUUGACUGUUUGCUUUAUGAGGAUUGAUAAAUAUGGAAUAAUGUAAGAGCCUAGUCUGUUUUUGUUAACGCUUUAGCGUUAGAGCCGCAUACAGCUUGCAGUCAAAGCCCUGGUGUAUUAGCUAUGCUAGCUACUCGGCUGCUCUCAGCUAACGUAGCUAAUCUGGCGAGCGCGUGCACCCUAACCAACAGAGUGCGCGCGGCGUUUCGCGUCGCGUGCGUGUAAGCCUGCGAGCUCGCGUCGCGUGAUGAAUGAGGAGCGUAACGGCUGGUCUCUCGGUGUGUGUGUGUGUUCGCUUCCGUUAGCGCUGUAGCUAACCGCUAACCCGUUAGCAUCACAUCUGUAAGUGAUCACAGGAGGGAGGAGGGAGGGGAGGGGUAAAGGAGGAUCACCAGAUUCAUUCAGAAAAGAAAAAAAACAUCACAAGCGUGUUUUUUUUUUUUUUUAUUUAUUUAUUCGUGUUCCCUUUUUCCGGUUUGUGAUCAGUUUAAUCCGCGUUCCGCUCCGUUUAGCUGCCUGUCAGGCUGCACUUGGACCUCAGGACUUGCUUGUCACUUCUUCUUCUUUUUCUUUUUUAUUUGUGAACGGUGCCAUGGCAGCGCGCCGCCGGUCUUAUUAAUGGCUGCCGAAUCGGGGAGACUGCAGGCGGGACAAGGUCAAGGGAAGCGCGGCAAAGGUUCCCAGAUGAAAAGCCCGGAGAAAAAGAAGAGGAAGUCCAGCACUCAGGGGGCAAAUUUCUCCCACCUCUCUGAGUUUGCACCUCCUCCAACCCCUAUGGUCGACCAUCUUGUGGCUUCGAACCCGUUUGACGAUGACUUUAGCACAUCACGUCCUGCUGGAGCCGGGGGUCCGGGAAGCGCACCUUUUCUGCCAAGCCCAGGGGCUGGUGGGGGAGGUGGAGGCUAUGGGGGACCCGGUAGAAUGGGAGGAGGUAUGGCCUACAUGGGUGGCCCUGGAGGACCAGGUGGUGGACAGCCGGGGCGAAGACCCACUUUUGCACCUCCUCCACCCAGCACAGGACCGCAUCACCCAAUCGGAUAUGGAGGAAUGCCUACGUUUGGAGGAGGAGGAGGUGGUGGUGCCGGAGGUGGCUUUCCUCCAGGAGGCCCAUCGCAGUUUAACAUGCCACCUAAUUUUAGCCCACCUAUGCACCCAGGGCAAGGGUUUAACCCUAUACUGUCACCUAGCGGAAUGGGUGGUGGUCCUGGAGGUGGCGGUCCUCCUCACCCACGCUUUGCGAUGCAGCAGCCUCAGCAUGGACAGGGUGGUCAUCCUUUCAACAGUCCUCCAAUGCCUGGCGGCCCUCGGGGUCCUCCUCAUGGCCCGAUGAACCCGAUGGGUGGCAUGCCAGCUGGAAUGAAUAUGAUGGGCGGCAUGGGGGGUGGAAUGGGUGGAGGUAAUAUGGUGGGUGGCCAUGCGGGGAUGCCCCCCCAGGGGUCGUUUCCUCCCUCGCAAGACGGGCCCUAUCCUGGGCCGGGCACUCCUGGUAGUGAAGAAGGCAAAAACUUCGUUGGUGGACCUGGCGGUGGUCCACCAGGUCCGCCUCAGCAGCCGCAAAACCUCAACCCCUCCGGCCCUCCGUCCAACAACGCCACUCCAGGUCCGUCCCCAGCUUCUGGACCGCCACAGACUGGAGGAGGGUUUCCUGGUCACCCUGAUGUUCAGCAAUCAACACCCAACACACCUGGCCAACCUUCAUCGGCACCUCCUCCACCCAAUCCCAAUUCCUCCCCUCCUGGUCCACUUAAUGGUCCACAACCUCAACAAGUCCCACCAAAUCAGCACACUCCGGUUACCUCUGCAGGGGGCCCGGCUCCCAACACUCCAUCCAAUCAACAGCAGCCGACGCCACCCAACUCCACCCCGGGCUCUGCUCCGUACACUCAGCAGAACAGUGCCCCUGGUGGUGGCCCUAUGGCAGGCCAGCCGCCCAAUUCCAAUCAAAACAGCUUAAACAAUACCGGUGGCAGUAACCCUAACCCUCCAUCUAACUCGGCCUCCACACCUAACACACAGUCUCCGCUUCCCACUGGCCAAGCUCCAUCUUCCGUUGGUCCAGGGUCUGGGCCGCCGAAACUGGGAAGUGGCAUGGUGUUCCAUUGUGGCUUUUGCAUGUCAGAGGUACAUGAUGACCAGGAGGCCAUCCUUUGUGAGGCGUCAUGCCAACGCUGGUUCCACAGAGACUGCACAGGUCUGACUGAGCCUGCAUAUGGCCUAUUGACCAGAGAGAGUGCUGCGGUAUGGGCUUGCGAUUUCUGCCUCAAGACCAAGGAUAUUCAGGCAGUAUAUGUACGUCAGAGCCUGGGACAGCUGGUGGCUGCUAACGAAGGCUAGGGGGACCAGGAUGUGAGGGAGAACGCAAAAGGAAGCGUAAAAAAGCAUGGAAUUGAUUGUUUUAAGCCUUUGAGCCAACAACACAGCGGCAGGUAGGCCAAGGAAAGUGGACAGAGUAGGAAAUGUAGGGAAACUAACGGAGAGAGCAAAAUGUGGACAAAUGUGGACCGUCUACUUCCUGUGUUGAGUGCUCUUGCAGUCUAGACAAGCACUUUUAGGGCUUACAUUUCUUAAUGAUCGGAGAAAGUUUGAGCGUGACUUUUCAAGAACACUAUAACAACCAGUAAUGAAUUAGCCAUCUGAUGUUAUCGGUAUGUGUUUUUUUUUUUUUUUUGCUCGUGUUUAAGGAAACAAAAAUAUUUCUGUAAUUGCUUAAAUUGAACACAUGGUUGUAAAAGUGCAAAAGAAUUUUCUAACGUUGUCAUAAUUAAAAUUAAUGAACUAAUAUCCACAUAGUUUCUCAUCAGAGUAAACUUUCCCUCCAGAAGCAACUUGUCCACCAGAAGCACUGAUGAUAACUCACUACCUCACAGAACAGUUGUACACAUGCGUUGGCACAAAUCGACUGCUAUAUAAAUCUAGACGGAGGUCUCCCUACACCACCUCUUCUAGUCCAUGGUUUCCAUUAUAGUGUGUCCAAAGGAAAUGAGUACCUUCCUUCACCUUUGAGGGAAACUGUAUACACAUGUAUAUAAUGAAUAUUAGUCUCAGUUUUCUCAGAAAUGUUGUCCUGUAAAUGGAAAGGUUCCUGACAGUUUAAUGACUCCAUUCGCAAGUUUUUUUUUUUUGUCUUAAUAUACAUCCGAUCACAGGUUUUAUUUAAAGCUGAACACUGCUCGGUCAGUGCGGACGGUCGCCUACGUAGGGAAAGUAGUGCUACAUAACCAUAUCAAAUGUGUAUAGUUUGGAUUGCAUGUGAACCAAAUGCAGUAAUUUUCCACUGUUUAUAAUGUAUUGUUUCUUUUUAGGCCUCAGUAAGGGGUGUAAAGUAGACCAAAUAACAGAAUAAAAUCAAAUCUCAGCUUAUGUUUCUGUUGCUGAUUAAAGAUGUUAUUUUCUUAUUUUCACAAUUAUUUUGGUCCAGGUUGCCUUUUUUCUUAGCAGUUAUCCAGUUUUGUUUGUUUUGUUUUUGUACUGAUGUCUAGUGUGCUUACUCUAGUGCCCUCUGUUGUUGAAAGGUUGUGCAGUGACGUUCGAGAUGGGCAGAAGUAAGGUCAUGUUGUAAAGAAAGUAAAAAAAAAAAUGUAUUUGUAUUUUUACUUGCCAUUUUUGUAGACUAUUGUUGCAUUAAAUUUGGGUUUGACUGCCCAGUAAACCGA